AUGGAGUCGGGCAUCCGCUUGGGCACGCUCUGCCUUCUCCUCUGCCUGGGGCCAGUUGCAGGCUUUGGCGUGGACCCCUCGCUGCAGAUCGACGUGCUGUCCGAGCUCCAGCUGGGAGGCUCCGCGGAGGGCGUGCGCCAGGUGCCGGGGCUGCACAACGGGAGCAAAGCCUUCCUCUUCCCAGAUACUUCAAGAAGUGUAAAGGCAUCUCCAGAAACAGCUGAAGUCUUUUUUCAGAAGUUAAGAAAUAAAUCUGAAUUUACAGUCCUUGUGACCUUAAAACAAGCCCAUUUGAAUUCAGGGGUUAUUCUCUCUAUUCAUCAUUUAGAUCACAGGUACCUGGAGCUGGAAAGCAGCGGUCAUCGAAAUGAAAUCAGGUUGCAUUAUCGUUCAGGCAGUCAUCGCUCCCACACAGAAGUAUUCCCAUACAUUUUGGCAGAUGAUAAAUGGCACAGGCUUUCCUUAGCAAUCAGUGCCUCUCACUUGAUUUUGCAUGUGGACUGCAAUAAAAUUUAUGAAAGAGUUGUGGAGAAGCCCUUCAUGGACUUACCUUUGGGUACAACCUUUUGGCUGGGACAGAGGAAUAAUGCACAUGGUUAUUUUAAGGGCAUAAUGCAAGAUGUGCAAUUACUUGUCAUGCCUCAAGGAUUUAUUUCUCAAUGCCCAGAUCUUAAUCGCACGUGCCCAACUUGUAAUGACUUCCAUGGACUUGUGCAGAAAAUUAUGGAAUUGCAAGACAUUUUAGCCAAAACAUCAGCUAAGUUGUCUCAAGCUGAGCAGAGGAUGAACAAGUUGGAUCAGUGCUACUGUGAAAGGACCUGCACAAUGAAAGGCAUGACUUACAGAGAGUUUGAAUCCUGGACAGAUGGCUGUAAGAACUGCACUUGCAUGAACGGUACUGUGCAGUGCGAGGCAUUGAUUUGCCCCCUGUCUGACUGCCCGCUUAACUCUGCCCUGGCGUAUGUGGAUGGCAAGUGCUGCAAAGAAUGUCAAUCGGUGUGCAUAUUUGAAGGCAGAACCUACUUUGAAGGACAAAGAGAAACUGUGUAUUCAAGCUCAGGGGACUGUGUUCUGUUUGAGUGCAAGGACCACAAAAUGCAGCGUAUUCCAAAAGACAGUUGUACAGCUUUGAACUGCCCAGAAUCUCAACAGAUCCCCUUAUCUCACAGCUGCUGCAAAAUCUGUAAAGGCCAUGACUUUUGCACUGAAGGGCAUAACUGUAUGGAGCAUUCUGUCUGCCAAAACCUAGAUGACAGAGCUGUCUGUAGCUGCCGAGACGGCUUCCGAGCCCUUCGGGAGGACAAUGCCUACUGUGAAGAUAUUGAUGAGUGUGCUGAAGGACGGCACUACUGUCGUGAAAAUACCAUGUGCGUAAAUACACCAGGAUCCUUUAUGUGCAUCUGCAAAACAGGAUAUAUACGCAUUGAUGAUUAUUCAUGUACAGAGCAUGACGAGUGUGUAACAAACCAGCACAACUGUGAUGAAAACGCGCUCUGUUUCAACACCGUGGGUGGGCACAACUGCGUCUGCAAGCCAGGUUACACGGGAAAUGGUACCAUCUGCAAAGCAUUUUGCAAAGACGGGUGUAGGAACGGAGGAGCCUGUAUUGCUUCCAAUGUGUGUGCCUGCCCACAAGGCUUCACUGGGCCCAGCUGUGAAACUGACAUUGAUGAAUGCUCAGAUGGCUUUGUUCAGUGUGACAGCCGUGCUAACUGUAUUAACCUGCCUGGUUGGUACCACUGCGAAUGCAGAGAUGGCUACCAUGACAAUGGGAUGUUUUCACCAAGUGGAGAAUCCUGUGAAGACAUUGAUGAAUGUGGAACUGGAAGGCAUAGCUGUGCCAAUGACACUGUUUGCUUUAACUUGGAUGGUGGGUAUGACUGUCGAUGUCCCCAUGGCAAGAACUGCACAGGAGACUGUAUCCAUGAAGACAAAAUCAAGCACAACGGUCAGAUUUGGGUGCUAGAAAAUGACAGAUGCUCUGUCUGCUCGUGCCAGAGUGGAUUUGUAAUGUGCCGGCGAAUGGUCUGUGACUGUGAAAAUCCCACCGUUGACCUAUUUUGCUGUCCUGAAUGUGACCCAAGGCUCAGCAGUCAAUGUUUACAUCAGAGCGGGGAGCUUUCCUACAACAGUGGUGACUCCUGGAUACAGAACUGUCAGCAGUGUCGCUGUUUGCAAGGCGAAGUUGACUGCUGGCCCUUGCCGUGCCCGGAGGUGGAUUGUGAAUUCAGUGUCCUCCCCGAGAAUGAGUGCUGCCUGCGCUGUGUCACUGACCCCUGCCAAGCGGACACCAUUCGCAAUGACAUCACUAAAACCUGUCUGGAUGAAACCAACAUCGUUCGUUUCACUGGAUCUUCUUGGAUUAAGCAUGGCACAGAGUGCACCCUCUGCCAGUGCAAGAAUGGCCACAUCUGUUGCUCAGUGGACCCACAGUGCCUUCAGGAACUGUGA